AUGGAAGACCACAGAUUAGAAGAAUUGGAAUACGCUCUUAAAUCAAUAAACUGGGAUAUUAUUGGAUUAUGCGAAGUUAGAAGAUCAGGAGAAGAAAUAAGAGAAUAUAACGAAUAUAUUUUCUAUUACAAUGGCGAGACACAAGGGAUAAUACUAAAUUUUAAAGGAAUAUCAGACAGGAUUGUGGUUCUCAAUAUGCAGUUAGCUGCAUUCAAACAACCGAUAUCUAUUAUUCAAACCUAUGCACCUACAGAACAAGAUACGAUAAUAGUAAAAGAAAAAUUCUAUAAAAAAUUAGCUGGAGUACUGCAAGGGAUAAAUAAAAACGUAAUAGUGAUGGGAGAUUUUAACGCCAAGACAGGCAGCAAAUCAAACAAAGACGAAUUCGUGUUAGGAAAAUACAGUAGCGGAGAAAGAAACGAUAAUGGACAACGACUCAUCGACUUUUGUUUUACGUUUAAUUUAAAAAUAAUGAACAGUUUUUUUAAAAAGGGAAAAAUGAGAAAGUGGACAUGGAUUUCUCCAAAUGGCAAGCAUAUGAACGAAAUUGAUUUCAUUUUAUCAAGAGAAAAACAAAUAUUCCGUGAUGUCAGCGUAGUAAAUAUUUUCAAUUUUAAUACAGAUCAUAGAAUGGUAAGAGGAAUUAUAAAAUGCAAAAAAAGGAAUUCAAGAAAACAUAUCUUAUCAAAUAAAAAUAUAGGCACUUCGUUUCCGUUAUCAAAAACUAACUUAGAUGAAUUAAAUAAAACACUAUUAGAAAUUAAGACGCAUAGAACUUUACAAGAAAAAUACGAUUUUUUGGAAAAAGCAAUGAAAGAAGUGAAUAGAUUACGGACAAAAAUAGAAAAAAGGGAUAAAUUAGGAGAAGAGACAAAAAAAUUAAUGGAAGAGAGAAAAAAACUAUUGGAGAAUCGUAAAGAUAAUUUCCAAAAUAUAGCGAACAUCAGCAAGAAAAUUCAGAUAUCAAUAAGAAGACACCGUAAAGAAGAAAGACUAAAUAUAUUAAAGAAUAAAAAUAUACUGAUAAGAGAAAAGAGAUUUGAAUUAGAAGAAGAAAUACCAUGCAUACUAGAAGCAGAAGUUGUUAAAGCUAUUCAAACACAAAAAAGUGGUAAAGCACCUGGUGACGACAAAAUUUCAAAUGAGCUAUUGAAGGACACAAUAACCACAAUUGUUAAGCCCUUGACCUACUUAUUCAACGAAAUUCUCUUUACCGAACAAAUACCAACUCAAUGGACAAAGUCGACGAUAAUUCUUUUACCUAAAAAAGGAGAUAAAACAAAUAUUAACAACUAUAGACCGAUAUGCCUUACAUCUAAUAUUUAUAAAGUGUUCUCAAAAGUUAUACUUGGAAGAAUAACAAAGCAACUGGACGCAAAUCAACCAAAAGAACAGAUUCAACUAGAACGAGUAGGAGAUGAGUUUACCAUCGAAAGAGGCGUCAGACAGGGGGAUCCACUUUCGCCGAAGAUAUUUACAGCAGUUCUCGAAAAUAUAUUUCGAAAUAUUGAAUGGGAGCACUUUGGCAUAAAUGUAAAUGGAACCAACCUAAACCAUCUAAGAUUUGCUGACGAUAUCGUACUAUUUGCUGAUACUCCGGAAAUGCUUCAAACUAUGAUAUAUCAACUGGACCAAGAAAGCAGGAAGGCAGGCUUAUCUAUGAAUCCAAUUAAGACUAAGCUAAUGACAAAUGCGAUAAAACAUAACAUAGAACUAAGGCAAGAGCCUAUUGAAUAUGUCGACGAAUACGUAUAUCUAGGACAAAUCAUAUCUACAAAAGACCAAUAUUCAAAGGAGAUGGACAGAAGAAUAAGCAACACUUGGAAACGCUAUUGGUCUUUGAAAGAAAUAUUUAAAAACGAAACAAUCCCAAUGACUGUUAAAAGCAAAUUAUACAACAUCUGCAUUCUUCCAUGCCUUACCUACGGGUGUCAAACUUGGCCUGCUACGUACAAAAACAACGAAAAACUUGUAAGUUGCCAACGUCACAUGGAACGAAGUAUGCUUGAUAUAAAGCUGCGAGACCGGUGGACCAUCGCUAAAAUAAGAAGCAAGACAAAAGUGAGUGAUAUUAGCAAAACAAUUAAAAAACUGAAAUGGAACUGGAUCGGACAUAUUAUGAGAACAAAUAAGGAAAAAUGGACCAAAAAUAUUAUGGAGUGGUACCCUAGAAAUGGAAAGAGGCAAAGAGGGCGUCCAAUAAAAAGAUGGGAUGACGAUCUACCUAAAGGAUGGAGAAGAUUAGCUCGUGAAAGAAAAGUGUGGGAGCAACUAGGGGAGGCCUAUGUCGAAGGACAACCUGACAAAAGAACCGGUUACUAA